AUGUCUACUCCUGGUCGCAUCGUAGAGUGGACCGCGAGCGACGGACGAAAAGGCAGGCUCACAGGCACCGGCAAACCACGACUUACUGCAGCCAGCCUUGCGAAGGUACCUUCUGAACAACGGCCGGCAAAGGAGCUAGUAGGCGCGAAGAGUACUCCAAAGAAAGCAGCUUCGGCCAAGCCCGCCACUGAUGGAGAUAACUUGUGGGGUAACAAUGGGUGGGGUGACGCCAAUGCAAAGAGCGGAUCGAAGAAGUCGAGCUCGAAGAAGGCCUCAAGUAACAAAGGUGAUGAAUGGGUCGUACAGGAAUCGGGCAAUGACACAAGCGAUCCAUUUGCAGCCACUUGGGGCACUACUCCAGACGCUACAGGUGGCGACGACAACAAAGAGAAGAAAGAUGAACCCGCAGCACCUUGGGAGGCUACGACUGUCCCGGACAACAACACAGUCCCAGAAGAUAAUGACAAAAAGGAUGGAGAGUCAAAUGGAUGGACAAAAGAACAAGACGAGAAGCUGAUGCAGAUGAAGGACGAUUCAAAGAAUACCUGGGCUAAGAUAAGCGAAGAAUUUGGUAAAGCUGAGCAUGAAUGCAAACAUCGCUUCAAGGAGAUCAAGCCGGGCGAUUGGCAACCAAGUGGGGCCAAGCAGGGGGGUGGAGGCAAGAAGGGGAAGAAGGAGAAGAAUGCAGAUCACAAUAAUGGGAACAACAAGAAGGAUGAUAAGAAAAAAGAGGAGAAGAAGGAAGAGGAAACAGGGGAUGAUGGCGGGAUAUUUGGUGCCACGUUUGGAGAAGAUACGGGUAACGGCAAAGACGAGUCUGGUGACAAGAACAACUCUGCGGACAAAGCACCCGAUGCAUGGGGUGAUACUACAACCUGGGACUUCGCUGGGGGAGAUACUGCAGGUACUGGUACGAAUGCCUGGGAAACCCAAGUUGGAUGGGGCACUGGCGCCACUACGGGUGGUGGAGACGGCGCGAAUGAUGCUGCCGCGAGCUGGGAUAACAUCGGUGGAAACAACUGGAAUACAGGGAGGAAGAACAACCAGAAAACCAAAACCGGCGGCGGUGCCGGAGAUGCGAAAGCUUCAGCACAGAAAGCCCCUUCAAACAAAGUGCCUCCGCGAGCGCCCCCUCAGCCCAAUGCCAACAACGGCAACAGCAACAACAACAACAACACCCGCCCCGUCGUCGCUCGUCCCCUCGAACUCGAAGUCAAACCCGACGAUACUUUCUCCGCCGAUGACUUACGUUUAGUCGCUCGCAUCUUACAGCAAGAUUGCUCAAUGGUAUGGAAUAGGGUCAGCUGGCGAUUCAGGGACAAGACAGGCAGGACGCUCCAUCCUGAUGAGUUCGAGAAGAAGAUCACUGGGCGUCUAGAGGGUAAGGGCAGCCAUAAUGGUGAGCGGAGGCGGUGA